AGAGAGAGAGAGGUUCAUUCCUCCGUGCUCUGCCUCCUCUGUCGUGUCAGGGAGAAAAAAGAGGAAGGAAGAUGGUUUCUGUCGUCUGCGCGCGCCUGUAGCGGCUCUGCUCUGCAGUCCGAGCGGGGCUCGGUCCGGCACAAUCCCUCCGCCGCCGUCCGCCUCACCUGAGAGCGCCGCCGUCCUCUUCGCCCCAGCAGCACACCGGGACACAUAAAUGGUGGAGGCCGUGGUGGAGUUCGACUAUGAGGCUCAGCAGGAUGAUGAGUUGAGCCUGACGGUGGGGGACAUCAUCGUGAACAUCCGGCGGGACGACGGAGGAUGGUGGGAGGGCGAGCUGGCCGGACGCAGGGGCCUGUUCCCCGAUAACUUCGUCAGGGAGAUAAAGAAGGACGGGAAGCGUGAUGGAGGACAGGCCGGCAUGAUGAGGUCCGAGCUGUCCAACGGCCGGGCCAGCCCCGUGUCCGACCCCAGCGUGCGACCGGGCAGGAAAGGCGAGCAGAUCCGGAAGCGGAGAUGCAAGGCUGCGUUCAGCUACGUUCCUCAGCAUGAAGACGAGCUGGAGUUGAAGAUCGGAGACGUCAUCGAGGUCAUCGCCGAGGUGGAGGAGGGCUGGUGGGAGGGGGUUCUCAACGGGAAGACGGGAAUGUUUCCGUCCAAUUUCACCAGGGAGAUCCAGAAGGAGUCGGACACGCCCAGUUUGGACACGCCCACCUCGCAGGAGGAGCGCCACGCCCGCAGCAGUAAAGACAGCCCAGGCAGUGAGAGUGACGGAGGAGACAGUCGAUCAGAGACGGGGUCUGAAAUCCAGCCCAAGAAGAUCAGAGGAAUCGGCUUCGGGGAUAUCUUCAAAGAUCAGGCCAUCAAACUCCGACCUCGCUCCAUGGACUUGGACUCUGAGGCUGACAAGGUCAGCGAGGGGAAGAGCGCCACAGUGGAGAACAUGAAGACUGAACCCGACAGCAGAGCUAAAGGGCGGGAGCAGUGUAAAGUCCUCUUUCCAUAUGAAGCACAGAAUGAAGAUGAGCUGUCCAUCAAAGAAGGAGAAAUCAUCAACAUCAUCACCAAGGACUGCGCGGAUGCCGGCUGGUGGAUGGGGGAGAUCGGCGGACGGCAGGGCGUCUUCCCAGACAACUUCGUCAAGCUGCUAGAAGUGGAGAAAGAGAGACCAAAGAAACCUCCUCCGCCCAGCGUGCCGUCGGCCAAACACACCACAGAGAAAAAGCCGGAGGUAAAGAAAGUCCCACCGGAGCGUCCUGAACAUCUUCCUCAGAGAGACCAGGACCGAGGUGAAGAGGUGAAGGUCGGCGACAUCACCAAGCCCUCCCUCCCGUCAGCCCUCCCCAAGAAACCCCUCCCCCCAAAGUCCAGUUCCUCCUCCUCCUCCUCCUCUUCCUCCUCGCAGCCCCCGCGGCGUCCCGAGAGACCGCCCACACUCGCGAGUGAGAGCCCCAAGUCAGAGGGCGGGGCUUCGACACCAGAUUCCGCCCCUGACAGGUCACAUGACCCCGAUGUGGACCUGGACGCCGUCGUAUCCUCCACAGAGAAGCUGAGUCACCCCACGGCGUCACGGCCGAGGGUCACGGACCGCCGGCCCCGCUCGCAGAUCAUCACGCCGGCAGUCCUGUCCAGCGCCGACCUCGACUUCCCCAUCGUAGUAGACAGGAAGGAGCGAGCCAAGGACGAGCACGAGCCUGCCCCCACCCGUCCUGCAGAGGUCUCCCUGAGGAGAGGAGUUCCCAGCAUCCCUACCCUCGACAGUAAAGCACCGCUGCCUGCUAAGCCCUCCAUCCUGACCCCGCCCCCCACCAGCCAUCGCCCCGCCUCCCCGUCUUCCUCCUCGGGUCUGAGCCCCUCCCCCGAGCUGCGGCACUCACCGCUGACUCCGCCCACGCUCGAGGAACUCAGGAACCAGCUGAGAGACCUGAGGGCCUCCAUCGAACUGCUGAAGAGCCAGCACAGGCAAGAGAUGAAGCAGCUUACCAACGCUCUGGACGAGGAGAAGAAGAUCCGUAUUAGUUUACAGGUGGAAGUAGAGCACAUAAAGAAGAGCCUGUCAAAAUGAAGACUGAAGCAUCCCCGUCGCCGCGUCGGAGGCCGCCAUUCGAAAGCAAACAGUUCAGCCAAAACAAUGUUCGUGCCAAACGACCGUGGCCAUCAGCAGCCGAUGGAAACAGCCACCGCCGCCACCGCCACCCCUCCCGCCCCAGACGCCGCCUUAUCCCGCGUUUACGUCGCUAUGAUUUUCUCUUCUGAAGAGGCUUUCUCUGUUGGACUCACCGCUGUCUGUCGCCGCGCCGCCGGUACUGACUGACCCGAGGGGCCGCCUCACUGGUACUUCAUGUCUCUGCGUGUGGGGGAGAGGUCGACCUAAGUAGCCCGGUCGGUUCGGACCACCUCCGUGCUGUUCUGCGUCCACACUGCGGCCUUCGCCACCUAUCGGUGUGAGAGUGUAUGUGUGUGUGUGUGAGUGAGUGUGAUUGUGUUUCAGUAAAUAUAGUUUUGGAUGAGGAAACGGCCAAGGCCGCAUUUUCACGACAGGAACUUUUCCAAGAACUGAGGCUCCGUUUCCAGGACGACGUAGUGAAAACGCAUUGUUUUUUUGUUUAUGUUUCCGUUUCAUGAGAAACUUUUGAAAGCGGCGUCGGUUUACACAGAAGUGGCUGAAAACAACGUAGUUUUCAUGUUUUACUAUUUGCUCUUGUGGUCACAUGUGGAACAGCAGCGUUUCCGCUGUUUCCAUGGAGACGGAGUUGGGACGCUUUCGAUAAGUUAAGUUUUCGGCAUUAUCGUGUAAACAGACACCCAAAAACACAAUGAAAGUUUCCCGUUUUCACUUGAAAACGUCGUCGUGUAAACGGGGCCUGGGAGUCAGUGUCAGACACACUCUUGAUUUCAGAGGUUUGAACCUUCAGUAGGUUUUUCGUUCAUCUUCAUCCUACUUCAAAACAGCACAAAGCUGCAAAAGACGCUUUGUAGCAGACGGACCUUUAAAAAAAAAAAGCCUUAUUGAAAGAGUUCCGUUCUCAUGCUCAUUGCUUUGUACCGUCUCAUGCAAGCACAGCAUAAUGAGCAGAUAUGCUUCGAGGCAUUAGCUCGAUCAUUUUUCCCCUGAGACUUUAGUCUUUCCAGAAGUUCCUUGAAAAGUGUGUGUGGCCUUUUGUGGCAAUGCGGCUCACGUCUUGACUGUAUCCUGACUACUGCAGCACAAUUAAAGGGGAAGUAUCAUGUAAUUUUACGUCUUCACGAUCAUCGGCAUUCUUGUUUUUUUGUUUUUUUUUUUUUCCUGUCCUACUUUAUUUGCCUUGCUGGUAAGCUUUUUUAUUUCUCCAUGUUCUGAACCCAGUUGUGAUCUAAGUUUAACCUGCUUGUAUCAUGGAAAGUUCACAUUUUUCACAGCGUGUCUUUCUAGCUAGUUCGAUCAGUUUGCUCGGAAUAGGCCACCGAGCUAGUUACAGCUCACUGAAUAACUCCAGCAAAAUGGCACUACAAAAUAUACGUCUGAGAACAAAUUGAUGUCACCUUCAGGUAAAGCGAAAACACUGCGAAUGAGGACUUUAACGAUGCAUCACACAGACGUCUUCAGCAAUAGUUUUUUUCUUCGAUUUUCACCUGCUUUUUUCUGUCUUCCUCUAUCCCCUACAUGCUCUUCUGUUACACCAACCACCUCUCUGUCCUCCUCUACUACAUUCUUGAAUUUUCCCUGAUGUCUUCCUCUUUAACAGUAGAUGGCAGAAAGCCACGGCAGCAUGAUACGUCCCCUUUAAAGUCAGGAUUUAGAUUAUAUAGAUUAUAGGCUAAAGACAGCGGUCAAAGCUCGAACUGUGCUCGAUGUUUCUGAGGUACACUGCAGGCUGGUGAUUUUGAGAUAUCGGCAACUUUCAGCAGCAUUAGCAUUGGGAUGGUUUUUUUUUUUUUUUUUUAAUGUUUUUUUUUUCUCAAUCUGGGGUGUUACCUCCAUUUUUUCUUUGUAAUGUUUUUAAUCUGCAGCCAAGUGCUGCAGCUCAUUUAUCAGUGUGAUUUUUCAGCUGACAUGAGGAGUGCAGAUACUGUAGGUGCUAAAUGAAGGAGUAAAUAUACAUCUGUGAAUGACAGACCAGCAUCUCGUUAGCUUCGCUUAGCGUAAAGAUGGGAAUACUGGUAGCAAACCAAUGGAGACCAAUUGAAACCUGUAUACCCAGUUUUAGUCGGCAUAAACCUGCAUGAAUAAGUAUGAACUAGUUCAAACCCAGUUUAACCAGCAUAAACAAUAAUUCAGUUAAAACACUAAAACACUUUCAACAGGUUGAAUCACUUGUUCUCAAAAAGUACAGAGGAAUAUAGACCAGUUUAAACCCAUUUGAAAACUCAACGGAAAACUAUAAAUCAGUGUAGACUAAUUGAAACUGGCAUGGACAAGCAUAGAAUGAACUAGUUUAAACAAAUACAAACCAUUAAAAAAAGUAUAAUCCAGUUUCAUCCAGUAUGGUCUAUUUUGAUUCAGAAUAGUUCAAACUGGUGUUUAGCCAUUUCCAAAUGCCUCUGGUACAUAUAAACCAGUAUAACCCACUUUAAACCACUGUAAAACAAUUUAAACUGUCACAGACAACUAUCGACCACUUUCAACCGGUAUAAACCGGUCUAAACAAGGUCAGACUGCAAGACCAGUCUAAGACCUCCGAGGAUUUUUUUCUUUAACAAGGUUUUAGUUUUUUUUCUAACUGCACAGUCUUCAUGCUAAGCUAGGCUAACGACUUUCUGGUCUGAAGCUUUAUCGUCACUGUGCGGACAUGACAACAGUAUCAAUCUUCUCAUUCAAAUCUUUUCAAUAACGACGCGUGGCUGCAGAUUGAAAACCGCCCUUGAAGAAAAGUGUGCGUCACUGCAUGAACACAACUGUAUCAUAUAUAAGUUAAUGCCUUCUGUAUAAAAACAGACUAUUUUUUUUCUCCGCUUUUGCACUUUUCGCUCCGGGACUCCGGCGAGCUGAAGAACAUGUGCUGCUCCGGCCGCGUUACACAAACCAUGCAGUCUGCGGCGGCGGUGCGGCGGUGGCGGGCAAACGGUUCGAGGAAUGUAGUGAGCAAAAGGUCCUCGCAGGUGGAUGGAGUGUGUGUGCAUGACGUGUGUGUGCGUAGCAGCAUGUGCGGCCUUCCUUCCUUAUAUGUGCACAGAAUCUAUGGCAACCCGUCACUGUGGCCUUCCUGUUUUUGACUCCAGAUCUUUAUUUCUUUGGGUUUUUCUUCUGUCUUUCGUAUGACAACGAGAAAACUGCGACAACCGAGGCCACAAGUUGUUUUCUUGACUUGGUCCUUUCUCUCCAGGAUAGUGAUAAAUAUAUAUAUACUUUUAUAUUUCAGUGUAAUAAAGAUGCUAUUAUGUACUGUA